ACAACCCUGAGAACAACCAGAAAUAUGAAUGCUCGCGAAUGACCUUGUUUUUGACAAUAACUGUGUAGCUUAAUAUCAAGAUUUUUGUAUCAAUAUGAAAACAAGAACCAUCUAAAAAAUGUGGUCUGUAUCGAAAUCCUCCUGAUAUUUUUUUUUUUUGCAAUUUCGUCUUUUUAUAAAAAAAAAGCCUGCAUAGAUAUUACCACGCGUUUGUAUGUAUUUUCACGUGAACGGCGUAUAAAGGAAAAUCCCAAUAUUUUUAAAUGGGCGUCAUUUUCAGAAAUUCAAUGAGAAAAACCAAACCCGAGGAGACAUCCGCUUGAUAAGUGACACUGGAAGAAGGCGGACAUUGUUAGUCUCCUCUUGCACAAACCAAUGCAAUAUGAUGAUCAGGAAUCGGGAUUCAUAUUUUUGGGGGUAACUUCGUGUUUUUUUUUUUAUUUCAAGUGAUUGCUUCAGUUGCUAGCGUAAUCAAAGGGGAUGUUAUACCAUGAACAAAUCCUCCGCACAGAGGGAGUAGGCUACAACCUUUACACGGACAGAACGAACGGCGUUUCCAUUGAGCACGUCAUUUUUGAUAAGGACAUGGAAAUAUCAGUUAAGGGACGUUAUUAUAGUUUUAUCCAACGUUUUCCGAUGUAGUAAUACGAGAUACUACAAGAUAAUAAACGAAUCAGGAUUGAAAAGGCACGAAAACCUCACCCUGCUGUCGGUAAUCAAGUAGUCUAAAGAAAAGGGAAAACUGGACAGUAUUGCACACUCCCUCCCUAAAGGCCUGUUACCGUUUGACAUUAGAAUGAUGCAUUGAUAUUGGACUGAAAUUACACAUUGUUUUUUAUAGCAAGUUACCGUGUUCAGGGAAUUGUAUAGCCCUUGCAGAAAAACGCCGUGAAGCAUGUGCUGUGCCUAUUAUUGAUAGGUAACAAGAACCGCUAUCGGGGCACAUUUUGCAUCGCUAGUGGGCUAAAGGCAUUACACAGUAAUACACUUCGUGGUUAGCAGGAAAAAGUCUACUGUACAUGCCACAUUCUGAGCAUCCCGGGAAUUGUGUAGGCUACAGUUGCCGAAGUUCGUUGUGACCUCAACUGCCUGUGGUCAGGAAAGGCAUUUUUCUCUCAGGUUUACAUUGCAGUCGGUCGACACACCAUGGGGAGUGACAGUGAGAUCUACAACAGAGAGUUGUCAAAGAUGUCUGACGAGGAUUUGCUCGCUUGCUCUAAAGAAGAGCUGGUGAGUCGCCUGCGUAAAGAGGAGUCUGAAAAGAUCUCUGCUCUUAUCCAGCGUGGGCGCCUGAUAAAAGAAGUAAACAAACAAUUGCAGGGCCACCUUCUCGAGAUCAGGGAGUUAAAAACAAUCAACCAGCGUCUCCAGGAAGAAAAUACAGAAUUGCGCGACUUGUGCUGCUUUCUUGACGAUGACCGGCUAAAGGUGAAAAAGCUAGCCCGGGAAUGGCAGCUGUUCGGUCACCACGCAGCCAAAGUGAUGCGCGAGGAUCUAGGCGGCUACUUGAAAAAACUGUCCGACCUAGAGCGCAUGCAAGACGUAUUGUUAAAGGAGAAUCUGGACCUCAAAGAACUCUGUCUAGUCCUGGAGGAGGAGUGUGUCAGCAGGAGUGAUUCCAGUCCAGGUGGAUCCACAGAACUCAGCAUGCCGUGUAUGGUGUCCCGAGACCUGGGAGAUGGAAGUUCCAGCACUGGGAGUGUGGGUAGUCCGGACCAACUCCAUUUGGUGUGCUCACCUGAUGACUGAAGAUGGGACUGGCACGGUUACUUUCACUAAUUAGUGGGAAAAACAUGAUAAAGACAUUAAUUUGGGACUAGGAAACAAGCUGACAGAGGAAUGGAAUUGUUUACAGCAUCCAGAACAUUGUUGGGAUAGCCUACCUUUCAGAAGAUAGCCUGUUACAACACGGAAGCAUCUCAAGAAUUGCAGCCAUUCAGGUGUGCCUUCUGCGCCUGCCGCUGUCCUAACUAAAACUUGAAAAGGCUACUCAAGAAAAAUUAAAAAGAGGUAUGACAGGCCGACAGAGACGUUGGAUACACGAUAUCAAGAAUUAUAAAAUGAUAUGUUUCAACUGUAUUAUUGUUUUAUUAUUUUUUACUUUCCGAAAUUUUUUGUGGAGGUUGUCCUGUUUUCAGUGAUCGAGACUGUAUAUAGUUAGGCCUAACAGGUGUUAAUGGAAAGAGGUAAGGUUAGAAUGUUAUCACAAGCACUGGACUGUACUGGAUGUGGAGUACUUUUUAUCGCAUUGCACUGGACAACCAUGUAUCUUUGUAGACGCAUAUCUCAAUCCAGAUUUGAGCCAUACUAGUCUAAUGUAGCCUACACGAUACCCAAAAGCACUGAACAUUUUGAAGAAUGAGUGACGAUUUUUGUGAGAUCUUUAACAUUUAGGUCAUGUAGAUAAUGCAUUCUAUCCCUCAGGUCAGGAUUGGAGUGCCGUGCGUAAGAAAUCACAAACACACAAAAGUGUGUAUUAUUGACGCUGUUUAGGCUGCCAUUCAGUUUUACACGGAAAUUGCACGAGAUACAUUGUGUGCCACAGUAAUUUAGGCUGUACAGUGAACGACGAUGUGAUGGCACCGCUGGUUUGUGUCUUGCACCAGCAUCUAGCGUCAUUUAGGUCUUAUUAGGAUAGGGCCUACUGAACUGCCCAUGGUGCUCUCAGACGGCUACGAUGGGUUAUCAAACUGGAAGCUCUGGACUGGAUUGUAUAGGAUGAUUGAUUGCUGGUAUUUUGACAAGACUCUUGUGUUUUGGUUUUGUUGUUUAUUACGUUAUUUUUAUUAUAUUUGUUAUGAUUACUCAAAUAAUUACGACUGCUUCACGUUUUCCAUAGGAAUCCGAUAGUCAGGAUGCCAAUAUAAACUCAUGUUUCCUUGUAAUUCUGUAAAGAUACUCCAUCAUUGUAUUCAUUAACCUAUCAGUAUUGACCUGUCAGUAUUACUUUAUCGACGAAUACCCGUUUAUUUUAAAAGCAUAUAAAACAUGCUCAUGGAUUGGAUAAGAUUAGCUUUCUUGUUGGCUGUGAUUGGUGGGCUGCUCCUAGUACAUUGAAGAGCUUUAAAUACACUGGCUGAGACACUG